GCACUGAGUCACAUCGUACGCGCUCCCGGGCACUGCCUCCUCCUGCGGUAGCCUAUCCCGUGUGCGGCGCAGCGGCUUUUCCAGCGGCAUACCAAGUGCGUCCUCGUCGGGGAAUGGGAGCUUCUGCUACCGGCUUUCAGGGUACUCAGAGCGGCGUGCUACGGUCCUGCUGAGCGGGGGAUGCUGCUGGAAGUCCCGAACAGGAUCCGCCUUCUUCUUACUCUACUUGGACCGGGGAUUUAAACUGGACUAGCCGUUUUAUCCGGAUUUACCGUUUAUUUUGAUCUUGCGUGUUUUGGGGAGCGUGCGGAGUUGGGGACUGCUCUGGACGUGCCUCUUUCCGCAGUGUCGAUGCGGCUGCGGCUGUGAAGUGGAUCUAUCUGCACAGAUUACAGGUACAUGAUGCUCUCCUUGUUGAAAGAGGCUUGAUCGUGAUCGGCUGACAGCACUGGACUGUCCCCUCUUCCACCCUGAGCUCGACCUUCUACCCCAGCCACCAUGCCCCUCUCCCGGACACGGACCUGCUUCUUCACCUGCUGCUUCCUGUCUUGCCUGGUUCUCCCCGCGCCGUGCCUCACGAUGGUCCACGGCCCCCAGGCGCUCACCUCCGGGUCCCAGGUGAUCACGGCCUCUCUCCAGCAGGACCAGUACGCCUCUUUUCACGCGGAAAACCCGGAAUGGACUUUCAACCAUCUGGCCGUGGACUUUCGCAACGGUAAUGUAUAUUUAGGUGCCGUGAAUCGCAUCUACAAACUGUCCCCCAGCUUAGAGGUCCAGGUAUUCCACGAAACUGGACCGGACGAAGACAACAGGAAGUGCUACCCGCCUCGCAUUGUCCAACCGUGCAGCGAACCAUUGACGCUGACCAACAAUGUGAAUAAAAUGCUCCUCAUGGACUACAGGGAGAACAGACUGCUGGCUUGCGGCAGCUUGUACCAGGGUAUAUGCAAACUGCUGCGCUUGGACGACCUUUUUAAACUGGGAGAGCCAUUUCACAAGAAGGAACACUACCUCUCGGGGGUCAACGAGAGCGGGUCGGUUUUUGGCGUCAUCGUAUCCUAUGGCAACGCCUCACCAGACAUGCUGUUUGUCGCCACGGCGGUAGACGGAAAACCAGAGUAUUUCCCUACAAUCUCGAGCAGGAAGUUGGCCAGGAACUCCGAAGAGGACGGCAUGUUCGCGUACGUUUUCCACGACGAGUUUGUGGCGUCUAUGAUCAAAAUCCCUUCGGACACGUUCACCGUCAUUCCCGAUUUCGAUAUUUACUACAUCUACGGCUUUGCGAGCGGGAACUUUGUGUACUUUUUGACGCUGCAGCCAGAGAUGGGCGGAGGUCCCACUACUGGAUCGUCUGCAGCGGGACGAGAGCAGGUCUACACGUCGAAAAUCGUGCGUUUGUGCAAAGCUGACACGGCUUUCAACUCCUACGUGGAGGUUCCCAUCGGUUGCGUAAGUGGAAAUGUGGAAUACCGUUUACUGGAAGCGGCCUAUCUUUCCAAAGCCGGUUCGAUCCUGGCCCGGUCUCUGGACGUGGCACCGGACGACGACGUUCUUUUCGCCGUCUUCUCCAAAGGGCAGAAGAGACGACCGCGCCAGGCUACGCAGGACUCGGCUCUGUGUGUGUUUUCUCUCCGGAAAAUCAAUGAGAAAAUCAAGGAGCGGCUGCAGUCGUGCUACAAAGGAGAGGGAACGCUGGACCUGGCCUGGCUCAAGGUCAAGGACAUCCCCUGCAGCAGCGCACUCCUGACCAUUGAUGACGACUUUUGCGGUCUGGAUAUGAACGCGCCUCUGGGUGUGUCCGAGAUGGUGCGGGGGAAGCCUCUUUUCACCGAAGCGAACGACAAAAUGACGUCUGUUAUCGCCUACGUCUACAAGAACCACUCUCUGGUCUUCGUGGGCACCAAGAGCGGACGCGUCAAGAAGAUCCGUGUAGAUGACUCCUCCCGAGCUCUUCAGUAUGAAACGGUCCAGGCCGUGACCAGUGGACCCAUCCUGAGGGACAUGGCCUUCUCCUCGGACCACCACCACCUCUACGUCAUGUCCGAAACUCAGUUGUCCAGAGUACCAGUGGAAGCGUGUGGUCAGUACUCCACCUGCAGUGAGUGUUUGGGCUCCGGGGACCCCCACUGUGGCUGGUGUGUGCUCCAUAACAUGUGCACGAGGAAGGAGAAAUGUGAGCGUUCUUCAGAGCCUCGUCGUUUUGCCUCCGACAUUAAACAGUGUGUGAGGCUCAGCGUUCACCCCAGUAACAUCUCCGUGUCCCAGUUCAGUGUCACGUUGGUUCUGGAGGCCCAUAACGUCCCGGACCUCUCUGCUGGAGUCAACUGCACCUUUGAGGACCUGACUGAGAUGAACGGACUCGUGGAGGGAAACAGGAUCCGCUGCUCGUCUCCGGCCAAACGGGAGAUGCCUCGGAUCAUAGUGGACAAAGGAGACCACCAGAUCGUGCAGCUGUAUCUCAAGUCGAAGGAGACGGGCCUGGCUUUCGCAAACACCAGUUUUGUUUUCUACAACUGCAGCGUCCAUAAGUCAUGUCUGUCCUGUGUGAGCAGUCCAUACGAGUGUCACUGGUGUAAAUACAGACACGGCUGCACCCACGACCCCACCACCUGCUCUUUCCAGGAAGGACGUGUCAAGAAGCCCAUGGAGUGUCCCCAGCUGCUGCCCGCCGAGAAGAUCCUGGUGCCGGUGAACGUGGUGAAGCCCAUCACGCUCCGAGCGAAGAACCUGCCCCAGCCCCAGUCCGGACAGAAGGGAUACGAGUGCGUCCUCACCAUCCAGGGCAACGAGCACCGCGUCCCGGCCCUGCGCUUCAACAGGUCGUCCGUGCAGUGCCAAAACACGUCGUACUUCUACGACGGGAUGGAGAUGAGCAGCCUUCCCGUGGAGCUGACCGUCAUCUGGAACGGAGAUUUCAGUAUCGACAACCCGGCCCUCAAUAAAGUUCAUCUGUACAAGUGCGAUGCUCAGAGGGGGAGCUGUGGCCUGUGUCUGAAGGCGAACCCGCAAUUCGGCUGCGUGUGGUGCAAAGGAGAGAACCGCUGCACCCUGAAACAGCACUGCCCCCACCCAGAGAACCAGUUGCUCCAACACAACGGCAUCAACAGCAAAUGCACCCACCCACGCAUCACACAGAUCACUCCAUUGCGAGGCCCCAGAGAAGGAGGGACUUUGGUGACGAUCCGCGGAGAAAACCUGGGUCUGGAUUUCUCCGAGAUCCAGGGAAACGUGAAGGUGGCAGAGGUGGAGUGCACCCCGAUCAGAGAGGGCUACAUCCCCGCUGAACAGAUCGUGUGUGAGAUGGGCCGAGCUGAGACCAGUCAGUACACAGGGAACGUGCAGGUCUGUGUGGGAGUGGGAGAGUGCAGACCCGAGUUUAUGGCAAAAUCCUCCAAAUACUAUUACUUCGUGAUACCCAGAAUCCUCAGCAUUAAACCGAACCGCGGGCCUGUUUCCGGGGGAACCAUCGUCAACAUCACCGGAAGCCACCUGGACGCCGGGAGCAACGUGUCCAUCAUGUUUAAGGACCAGCCGUGCACGUACCUGAGGAGGGGCGGUCUGUGGCUCACCUGCCGCACUCACGCGUCUCUGCACGGUUACGGGAACGUGUCCGUGUCCGUGAGCAUCGACAGGGCCCAUCUCCAGAAGGACCUGAGGUUCGAGUACGUGGAGGAUCCCACCAUCACCAGGAUCGAGCCCGAGUGGAGCAUCUACAGUGGGCAUACACCAGUGACAGUGACAGGAACUAACCUGGACAUCAUUCAGACUCCACUGAUCAGAGCCAAGUACAACGGACACGAGACACUUAAUUUGUGUACCGUGUUGAGCCCCACCACCAUGCUGUGCCAGGCCCCGGAGCUCGCCAUCAGCCUGUCCCGGCAGCUGGAGGUCCCCGAGCGCCCGGACGAGUUUGGGUUCAAGCUGGACGACGUGCAGGCGCUGAUGGCUCUCAACAACACCAACUUCAUCUACUACCCCAACCCCGAGUUCGAGCCUCUGAGCGUGUCCGGGGUCCUGGAGCUCAAACCGGGAUCUCCAAUCAUACUCAAGGGACGUAACUUUCUCCCACCGACAAACAGUGGAAACGGGAAGUUGAACUACACUGUGUUCAUCGGGGACAAGCCGUGUAUGCUGACGGUGUCUGAAACCCAACUCCUCUGUGAGUCUCCCAACCUCACAGGACGACACAAAGUACUGGCUCGUGUGGGGGGUAUAGAGUUCUCCCCCGGUGUGGUCCACAUCACCUCGGACAGCCCCCUCAGCAGCACGGCCAUCAUCGGGAUCGCUGCGGCGGGCGCCAUGCUGAUCCUCGCCAUCGUCAUGGUGCUGAUCGCCUACAAACGCAAGUCCAGAGAGAGCGACCUCACGCUGAAGAGACUGCAGAUGCAAAUGGACAACCUGGAGUCUCGCGUGGCUCUGGAGUGCAAAGAAGCGUUUGCAGAGCUGCAGACAGACAUCCAUGAGCUGACCAGUGACCUGGACGGAGCCGGGAUCCCCUUCCUGGAUUACAGAACCUACACCAUGAGAGUGCUGUUCCCCGGCAUCGAAGAACACCCCGUCCUCAAAGACCUGGAGGUGCCAGGAUACCGACAGGACCAGGUGGAGAAGGGCCUGAAGCUCUUCGGGCAGCUCAUAAACAACAAGGUGUAUCUGCUGUGCUUCAUCCGCACUCUGGAGGCGCAGCGAGGCUUCUCCAUGAGGGACAGAGGGAACGUGGCCUCGCUCAUCAUGACCGUGCUGCAGAGUAAACUGGAAUACGCCACAGACGUCCUCAAACACCUGCUGUCCGACCUCAUCGACCGCAACCUGGAGAGCAAGAACCACCCCAAGCUUCUCCUGCGCAGGACCGAGUCGGUUGCAGAGAAAAUGCUGACGAACUGGUUCACAUUUCUGCUCUAUAAGUUCCUAAAGGAGUGUGCGGGCGAGCCACUGUUCUCCCUCUUCUGUGCCAUCAAACAGCAGAUGGAAAAAGGCCCCAUUGACUCCAUCACGGGAGAGGCCCGCUAUUCUCUGAGCGAAGACAAGCUCAUCAGGCAGCAGAUAGACUACAAGACGCUGGUGGUGAACUGCAUCCACCCGGAGAACGAGAAGAGCCCGGAGAUCCAGGUGAAGGUCCUGAACUGUGACACCAUCUCCCAGGUCAAAGAGAAGAUCCUGGACGCCAUCUACAAGAACGUGCCCUACUCACACAGACUGAAGGCCUCAGACAUGGACCUAGAGUGGCGCCAAGGCAGAGGGCAGCGCAUGAUUCUGCAGGACGAGGACAUCACCACCAAAAUUGAGGCCGAUUGGAAGAGACUGAACAUGCUUUGCCAUUAUCAGGUUCCUGAUAACGCGGUGAUGGCUUUGGUGCCCAAACAAGUCACAGCGUACAACUCAGUGAACAACUCCACUGUGUCCAGGACCUCAGCCAGUAAAUACGAGAACAUGAUCAAAUACACAGGGAGCCCGGACAGCCUGAGGUCACGUACGCCCAUGAUCACGCCCGACCUGGAGAGCGGGGUCAAAGUGUGGCACCUGGUGAAGAACCACGAGCACGGAGAUCAGAAGGAAGGAGACCGAGGAAGCAAGAUGGUGUCUGAGAUCUACCUGACCCGCCUGCUCGCUACUAAGGGCACGUUACAGAAGUUUGUGGACGACCUGUUCGAGACGAUCUUCAGCACAGCUCACCGAGGCUCCGCUCUGCCCCUGGCCAUAAAAUACAUGUUUGACUUCCUGGACGAGCAGGCGGAUAAGCACAGCAUCCAUGACCCACACGUCCGCCACACAUGGAAGAGCAACUGCCUACCUCUGCGUUUCUGGGUGAAUGUGAUCAAGAACCCCCAGUUUGUGUUUGACAUCCAUAAGAGCAGUAUCACAGACGCCUGCCUCUCUGUGGUGGCUCAGACCUUCAUGGACUCCUGCUCCACCUCAGAACACCGCCUGGGCAAAGACUCGCCCUCCAACAAGCUGCUCUACGCCAAGGACAUCCCCAGCUACAAGAGCUGGGUCGAGAGGUACUACUCGGACAUCAGUAAAAUGCCUGCGAUCAGUGACCAGGACAUGAACGCUUACCUGGCCGAACAAUCACGGAUGCACAUGAGCGAGUUCAACAGCAUGAGCUCCCUCAGUGAGAUCUACUCCUACGUGGGCAAAUACACAGAGGAGAUCGUGUGCGCGCUGGAGCAGGACGACGCGGCCCGGAAACAGCGGCUGGCCUUCAAACUGGAGCAGGUGGUGGCCUUCAUGAGCCUGGAGAGCUGAGGACCGCAUUUCCCAGGGUGCACUGGGAACGACCCCUCCCUCCGCCCCGCCCCCCAAGCCCCGCCCACAAACCGAGCCGUGCCUGAGCGAAAAGAACCCGUCCCGACCCCCUCCACCGCCGCGCCACCUUUCUCAUCACAUGACUUCUUCCUCGACGCCUUUUUUGAAUUUUUGCUUCCUCCUCUUGAUAUAAAAAAAACUGUUCCUCAUCCACUGCUGCAUAGACUAGUUAACCUGAAGAUGUGAUGGUCCGGAGCUGGCGGGAAAGCCUCUCUCGCGUUGCAUUGUGGGAGAUUACCUCAGCUUCACCACAGAGAGAGCCUCAAUGGGGGGGGGGCGACUGCUCCAAAAGCCAGCCAUAUUGGUGCGCUGCGGUCCUCCCCCCUGCUGGAAAGAAGUGGAAAAACCUUUUAUGUUGCCUUCAAGAAUUUACAAUAGGUAAUUCUUUACAAACCACUAUGUUGGCUGUAAGUUUUGUUGAGAACUUUUUAGGAAAUAGUGAUAACGAAACAUCUUUAGAGUCCUGUUUAUUGUAGUUCUAUAUCGAUAUAAGAGGAAACAAAAACGAUGACUGCAAGCCAAAUGAACACCUCUAAAAAAUGAAUGCAACUCUGGUUUGCCAAGUUUACACUGUACCUAUAAAAGCGAAUUAUACAUAUCUGCAGAUUCUGGGGCGACUUCGGGAGGCAAAUCUUUGAAUGUUCUUAUUUCUUUAAUGUAGCUGGAGAAUUUUAAGACUGAAACUGAUGGGGUAGGGGUAACGGAAUAGUGCAUCUCUACUGAAAUGACUGACGAAACCAGAGUACACCCAACCUCUUUCGCCCCCCUUCGAAAAAUUCGCACAACGACGUACCCACAACUUGUACAUUGGAAAUAUCCAGUUUACUGCUUCCCUUUUUGCGCAAAGAAGUGGCUCAUCGCAAAAACUUACAAAGAUCUUACAAGAAAAUCAACCGCCGGAGGUUUUUUAACACAAGUUGGGACCUCUGAGAUAAAGCACACAAUCAACUUUUGGACAGUUUCGGCUGCUAAUUUCUGACAACUUGAGCAGUGUAAUCUUCGGGCUCUUACAACUUCCAAUCAAAGCACACACGACGACGCACAGCAGCUACCCAGAGGUCUACCACGAGCUUAAGGGAUGAGCUAAAUGGAAAAUACUGGGUAAAAACCACUUCGAAAAAGGAAAAAAAAAAAAAAAACGAACGAUUAUUAACAGAAACACGCUGACUGCUACCAAAACGGGGCUUGAUUGUACACGAGUAGCACUUGUUUUCUUGGUACGUUCUGUUGCAAAGACUUGAACUUUGAAGUCAGUCAGCCAAAAACCAAAGGAGCUUCAAUUUUUUCGGUCUAAAAUCUUUGUGAAGUGCCACUAAAGGAACUAACGACGACAAAGUGGACGACGUAGAAGCGGCCGCUCGUGAAAUGGAAAAACGGGAAACGAGUGGAAUUUUAGCGAUCUUUUUCCUGACCUCAACGUGCCGGAAAGCUUCGGCGCGCCCUCCUCCCCUCCCCAUGUCCAGCUCUUGACUCUAAAAACCCGUAUUUUUUUUUUUUUUUGGUUUCUGUUUUGCACAAGCGUUGGAGAUGGUAGCUAGUUUUGCAUACAACAAAAAGCCCAACCUUUUUGAGUGUGUCCCGCAGAGGGCGCUCUUGUAUGUAUUAGUGUAGUUGUCUUCAGUGGCGGUAGGGGCGGGCUUCUCCAAACACGGUAAAACAAAACGGGAAAAUGGAACGUUUUUUUUUUGACGACGCGACGGGAUAGCAACACGAUCCUAGAUGUUUGCCGGCGAGCGCGGACCACGCUGGCCCACGACUAAAGCCCCCCUCCGUACCUUUUGACCUCUGCUCUUUCUUUUGCCUUGACAACGUGCCCCAUGUGGUGAUGUGAAUGUGUGAAGACCGCCCUAGGUCCACCGUUGGGUCCUUUUAUUGGCUUUUUAAGCGCAUGUAAAAUGUAAACAAUUUAAGAAACUUAUUAAAAAAGUUGAAAAAUAAGAAAAUUUAAGCCUUGCAAUGAUGAUGUGGAUGUGUUCUUUUCUCUUUGUUUUGCUUGGACGAUGAUUUGAGUCGAAGGGAAAAAGUGGGUAGUUCAUGUAAAGACAAAAAUAUAUCUUUCGUUUCGAGGUGGAAUCUUUACGCGAAACCAACCGAUGCGCGGACCUUCCCCGUUCUUCAUGACUUUUGUGACGUGUUAGCGCCGAUACCGAUACCGAUACCGUACCCUUUGCAUGUGAACCUACUUGGAUGGAAAUGGAAAAAUGCCUUGCUUAGAAAUAUUUAAAGUUUUAUUAUUCCUACUACUGAAGUCUUUCCGCCAUUUUAACGCUGUAGUCGUGUCCGAAUGUCACUCAAAGUCCAUUGUCUAUAUCCCAUCGUUCGAACUGUGAUUUGCUGUAAAUUUCGUUCGUUGGACAGGUCCCGUUUUGGGCUGUCUGUGCUGCUACUACAUCCUGUGUUGUUGUAAGUUGUUAGAACGCAUUAAAGGGGCAGUUUGGAAUUUUGGACAUAGGGCCUCAUUUCCUAGUGAACCAGAGUGUUGGAGACGUGUAGAGACACUUUUUUUUUUUUUAAAUAGUCCAUCCAGUCCUUGUAUGUGCAGAGGUCGCAGAGGUCUUACCUACUCCACAAAACACCCGAAGCAAAACGAUUAUUACACCAGACUGUCUUGAUAGAAUCAUUUUAGAAGUAGGUCUGUAACGAUAACAGAUUUUGCUGGACGAUUAAUUGACCAAGAAUUUAUUACGAUAAUAACGAUAAUAUUGACAUUUUGAGACCAGUUUCAACUAAUAUAAAAUGACCAUGGAGUAAAAAUGCAAAUACACCCUUUCAAAGAUCAAUAAACUUUACUUUCUAAAGAACAUUUAACACAGGAACUGCAAGACGACCAAAAACAACAGGCCUAAAUAAAACAGAAUUGUUAACAUAGGACAAGCCUAAUGUGUCUGGCUCACGGCGAGGACUUGUUCACAAAAAUGCACUUGAAUAAACCACUUUUGAACCAAACACAACCAAAGCAUUAAAUAAAAUGGAUUAUUAAGUCUCUGUAACAAAAUUGUCCUUAAAAGUGAUUUUAGUCGUUGACUUACAUUGGAAUAUAGUGACCACUCUCUCUGUGGCUGCUGCUGUGAGACUCAGCAUUUUGGUUAUUUAAAUGUUCGUAUUAACCCGCGACACAGGAUUUUAUUUCGCUAUGAGGGAGCCACUGUCCUGUCUGAUGUCAUGUCGGUGUCUUGCGGAAUCUGAGUGGACUUCGGGCUCUCCCGGGGGCUAGUUCUGUCGCUCAGGUUUGGGUUUAUCGGCUGUAGGGGUUUGAGACAUUUCUUCUCGUCGUUUGCGCGUUCGCUGAAUUUGACGCACGUGGCUGUUGAGACGUGUAUUUGGCAUCGUGACGUUGUUUUGGCACUCAGCGAUGAACUAUUUCGUCACUCUGACAUCGGCGCUUGUGUUGCGGCUUCAUGUUCGCCACACAGACGGCGGCGCUUUCUGCACUCAGGCUGCGCGAACAUCCUCUGUGCUGAGAAACAGAGCACACGUUCGUACAAGUGUCAUUACGCUUGUUAAACGGGAGGAGUCAGAGAGCGAUAGAAGCCUUCUAAUAUUCACCCUCUUUGAGAUCGAGAGAGAGCGAGGAAAACAAGAAAUUAUCGCAGCCUGAAAAGAUAUCGAGCUCGUUAAAGGUUAUCGUACGAUUAAUUGAUUUAUUGAUUAUCGUUCCAGGCCUAUUUAGAAGUAAAACCAACCUUGUAUUUGAAGGAUUUAUGUCUGAGCAGCAGCAGCAGUGGGUUGUACUUCCUGAUAGAAAGCUCGGCAGCGGCGGACUGAUUUCACCCAGCACCUGUAAUAGUUUGUUUACCUGCAGCAACACGUAGAGCUCAUGAAGAAGCCAGUUCCAGUUAUGACCACGUUUAUAUCAUCACAACCAACUAGAGCAGAGUAAAAUUCCGCUGCUGCUGAGAAAAUAGUCCCUCAACAUGCGACGAUUCAUGCGAUACAAGCUUAGUUUUACUUCUAAAAUUAUUCUAUCAACACAGACAUUCACAUGGACAGUCUGGUGUAAUAAUAGAUUUGUUUUGAGUGUUUUGUGGAGUGGGUAAGACUGUUUUUAGUGGCAGGAUAACUAUGACCAUUGACAUGCACUAGUCUAGCACCAGCGACCUCUGCAAAUACAAGGACUGGAUGGAAUAUUUCAAAAAUUGUCUCCAACGGUCUGGCUCUAUGGAAAUGAGGUCCUAUGUCCAAAAUUCCGAACUGUCCCUUUAACACUCAAGAAGUACUCCCAUGUUUUUACACUGUUCGGCAAGUCUUUAUUCGGCCUUGCUUCUAAUUCAUCUCGUAUUUGUUAGUGAAAGCAGCUUUAUAUGUUUUUCACAAUGGGGUGAAUCCACAAGGCAUAAAAUGGGACGUGGUAACUUAAUUGAAA